UCUAGCUGUUUAAACCAACAAGAUAUUAUUGACUGAAUUAGACUCACUAUUUCUCCAUAAGAUAUAACAACACCAACCCUUUCGAGCAUGCUCAGACCAUAGAACAUAAAUCCUUGGUAAAAACUCACUCCAUAUUCUACAAAAGCUAUUUAAACUGAUCUUCGGUUUUAACCCGAGUGUGUGUUGUUUAAAUCCAUACUUUCUUCAGUAGUUAGGCUGGGUUGAAUUUCUUGGGGUUGUUAGGGUACCUUGGUUAUCAUGAGCAAAAUCCCCAGAAAAGGUGAGAGUUUAAGAGGUCAUGUAAAAAAUCUGUAUGUAUAAAUAUCUUUUUAAGACUUCGUAUACCUAUACUCACAUUUUAACUGACCUUUUAUUUAGUCGUCGCCCUACAAAGCAAGAAGAAAAACAAGCAAAUUAAGAAAAAUGCCACAAAAGACAAACCUACUGGAAACAAGUGUAACGGUGCUGUAGAAGAACGACUUCAAACGCAGGACGACUCCAUGCCAAAAUCUGAACAAGAGCCAACAUACUGUGAGUACUCGCGAGAUGAAGAAGUAUUGGAGGAGGAAGAGAUUCUCGGCAGUGAUGACGAUGAGCAAGAAGAUCCUCGGGACUACUGUAUAGGUUGGUACUCAUUUUAAGUAGGUUAAUCCAAUCUAGGUGGAUACCAUCCUGUUAAGAUCGGGCAGGUAUAUAAUUCGCGUUACCACGUCGUCCGUAAGCUUGGUUGGGGGCACUUUUCCACUGUAUGGUUAUGCUGGGAUUUAUGGUUAGCUCAAUAUUACAUUGUACUAACGUCUAUAGUUCAAAACGUUUCGUUGCAAUGAAAGUAGUCAAGAGUGCUCCGCACUACACAGAAACAGCUCUUGAUGAAAUCAAGCUGCUGUCAUGCGUAAGUUUCCGGCAAAAAAAUAAUUUAGUUAGGUCCGCGAAUCUGCCCCAGAUGAUCCAUUCCGGAAGAAAACAGUUCAAUUGCUAGAUGAUUUCAGAGUGUCUGGUGUAAAUGGGAACCGUAUCCUUUUAUCCUAUUGUUCAUUUACUCGUACCCAUCGAGUUUUCUAAUUACGUCAUUCUGGUAUGUAUUUUCACCAUCUUUAUCAUCGUAGUGAGACUCCCUGGCCAUGCACAGUCAUACCCUUAGACGUCGAAACUGGGUCCACCCAGUAAUUUUCGCUACAAUCUGCCAGUGUAUGGGAUUCUAUACGUAAAAUCACCAUGGUGCCAAACAGCAGAAAUAUCUUGGCAGCUCUUGAGAAUAUCUGGCUUGUUGCAUACUUUCUGCAAUGUAUAUCUCUAAUUUGCUUUGGCAAUCUACUUGCCAUUAAAAUCUCCAUAAUUCAUUUCGCCGGUUACAUAUACCUUACACGCAGACUUCCCGAUGACGUGCACUGAUAAAUCCCAACAUCCAACAUUUCUGGGUUCUCAGUAGUCCAUGCAUUUGCUUUGUAUUGUAAUUAUCAAUUAGCCAUAGGCAGUUUAAUAACUUUUUAAGCUACUUGCUAUCAGCGUAUAGGGCUUGUUCUGUAAUCAUUGUUUUUAAGCACAUGCUAUCAACCACAAUAUGCUUAAGCUCUUAUGUCUCAUUUUUCGAAGUCUUCAUGCUAUGGUUUUUUUAACUAUUACUUAGAUGUCUGUAUGAUAUUUGAGGUUCUUGGCCAUAAUUUAUUAAAGCUUAUAAUCAGGUCUCAGUACCGAGGCAUUCCGCUCGAAAAUGUUCGUUCUAUUAUUAAACAAGUAAGUAUAGAUUAUCCUAUUUUCCUUCAGUGUUCGCAACUUCCAAGUUGCUGUUUGUGUCGUUUCCACGGUCUUGCUUUUAUUGUGCUUCUAAAUUAUUGAUGCCCAAGCGAAAUUAGCUCAAGCCCUUACUAUAUAUAUAUAUAUAGAGAGAGAGAGAGAGAGAGAACUAGUCAAUAAACGCACUUCGUUGCAAACAUUAUCCAGGAAACUUACAGUUGGUAAACUGGCUUGCCAGUAUACCAAGUAUUAGUUUACAAAGGACGUUCUUGGAAAUUCAAACAGAUUUCAGUAAGAAAUGUUAACCAUUGAAACGCUAGAGCAACGUAGUGGCCGUAAUAAAUACCUGAUUAGGAAGACUAUCAACUUAUCACAGUGACGCGUGAAUUAACUACUGGUUACCUGGACCAUGAGAUUUGUUUAUUUGAGAGGUCAGGGUACUUCGGCACGUUUGAUAAUAAGCUAAGCGUAUAACCAUCGACAGACUAAAUCCUCGAGAGAUAUUUGGAAUUUUUCCUCACAGAUAAUCUCUGAUAUUAAGUGGACAUUUGUUGUUUUCAGCGUUCAUUUUUUUGAGGACCAGAUGUACCAAAACUGGUUUCUAUGUUAUCCCAGUAUUUUGUAAAACAGUUGUAUCAUUGGUACAAGGAAGUUCCAUAUCACUCAUUAAGUGGGCCCUACUCAUGGCAUCAGUAGAAGCUCACUGAGAGUAAGCUUACGAAACGUUUGCGUUUCCCUGUAGCUUGUGACAAUCACUAAGUUUAUGAUCCUAAGUUAGGAGGUCGCGGAAAUUCAGCCCUCUCCCCUGAAGUAUCGAUACCAUGUAAAAUAUACUGAGCGAGUCAAACAGUUUGUUAGGUGAAUUUUCAUCCCAUUCAGCAGUGUAUGCAAUUGUAUAAUUGCUCCUAAAAAGCAGUAAUAGGUGAGGUCUAUGGAAAUUUAUGGAAAUUUUGUUUACUCAUCUAAACACAAAUAAACACGCCGCACAAACAAACCAAGCUGUGAAAUGAUAAACAGAGAAUGAAUACGAUCAUGAAACAAAUGAGUAAAAAUAAGUAAACAAGGAUGUACGAUGGGUGAGACAGUUCAUCUAAGAAAAGUGCUAUCAGAGUCUUUCUGCUUAUAGCAAGGCCGCCACUACUAAGCUAUGUUUGAUAACCUUAAGUCACUAAGUUGCGUUGUCUAUCGGACCCCAACCAAAGCGCUGUAAUAUACUGAUGACAGUUUCAUACAAUUUACUUUCACACCCCAACACCGUAUCCUACAGUGAACAAUUCUGCUUUUCCAACCACUUUUUAAUAUUGGCAAAUAAAGCGCGAUAUUUUAUGUUUGGUCUUGGCGUGUAAAGUAACCAAAGCGUAGUCAUCGUAAGUAUAUAUGGGAUUCUCACUGUCGCCGUUAUCUAAACUGUCAGAUCCUUAAAACUUACUCAUUUUUUAUAAUCGAAAAGACGCUGGAUUUACUGUAUGUUUUAGGCUUUUAAUCAUAAAAUAACUAAUAAAUUAUUUAAUAAAUGAUUAUCUUAUCUUUAGACCCUUCAAGGACUUCACUACUUGCACACAAAGUGUCACAUUAUUCAUACAGAUAUCAAACCGGAAAACAUUUUGGUUUGUAUUUCGGAUUCUCAAAUUCGUAGGAUGGCAGCGGAGGCCCUCGAUGCUCAAAGGCGAGGUGUACAGCUGUCAGGUUCUGCAGGUGAGAUUUUUUAGUAACAAUUUUUUAAUUGAUUACAAAACGAAGCUUAAAUGGUAUCCGUACAGAAUAAUCUAGCAAGUCAAGUUAUCAUAUUCGGUAGUAUUUUAAAUCUUUGGUGGAUUAAAUUAUAGCUCUUGACGGGGUUGUAAUCCCGCGAUUCAUAAGUUUAAAUACCUAACUCUUCACUAUCGAUAACACGUCUAGUUCAUGUUUUAAUUAUCCAUAUUCAAAUACACCGUUGAAUCGACAACUGUAUCUCUGCUGAUGUGGUAUGACAACUCGAACUGAUGUACGUACGUACGAAGUUCUACGUUGUAACUAACUGGCUGACUGUUCCAAAACUAUGUGCAGAAGUCUAUAUUUAGUAUCUAGACUAUAUCAUAUUCUCGCUGAAAAUGGGGAGAAUUGAAUCAUAAGACAAGUCAUUUUGUAGUAUACACUAACUACCAAAUGCUUUGUAAGGAUAUUCUAGUUGUUCGUGAUUCGCAUAAUUUUUAUUCUCUCACAGAUUCACUACAUUGUGAUGGCACUAAUUAUCAAACAUUUUGUUUAGACCGUUAUGGUUUGUUGCCUAUAAUCACUAACAAUGAGUCCGUUAACGUAGCUACUGUAUAUGUUAAACAAUCAUUAACUCAUCCAAUACUCAUUCGUCCCCAGUCUACUAACCAUAACUUCGGGAUGGUCACCCAUGUCGCUUGUUUUGUAUUAUUAGGACUUUAAGUCACGUGAUCGUAUUCGUAUGAGACCAUAAGUCACCAUAACCAUUAAAUUUUAAUAUACACAUUACUGAAGUAUUAUUAGCAUAAAUCUAAGUAAAUACUCUAUAGUUAAUUCACUAAUUAAGGGAUGAUACUAGAUGUAGUAGCAGUUAGUGAGUUAAAUAUUUUAAAAUUAGGAUUUUGUACAAACACCAUAAACUAUUUACUUAGUGAAUGUCAUUAAAAUAUGGACUAAAUCUUCAGUGAAUAACUUUGCUUUAUGAUUCGGAGUUGAUAACAGUAGUGCAAGUGCAUUCACUAUUUAUCGUUCCCCAAAUUGUGUGCUUUAGUACUAAUCCAUACUUUUCGUUCCUCGAAUUCAUCUCCGAGUAGCGUCAUCCAUUGUUUAAUCUUUCUCACUGUCAUUAUACCCAUUAUAUUGACUUUGUAUUCUUGUUAACUUCGUCAACUUGGCAUUGCAUCUAAUUCACAUUUGUACUAGGCUCUAUAAAUGACAUGGUUAUUCUCACAAUCCUAAGAUACUGUUCGUUAACUAUUCCUCAACUGAAUUAUACACUAUUGAUACUUUAUUGAAAAUCGAUGGUCACCUAAAUAGAUCUUAGGGGUGAUUUUAUCCGGGGCUCUCAAAUUUGUGUUCACUUGCUGAUUUUCUACGUAGCACUGUAAAACUCUUGUGUUGUAAUUUUAAUUCAUUAUAGCGUAAGCUUUUAAGUCACAAGUUAAUUUCGUCUUAUCUACACUGUUGUUGUCCUAACUUAUCACUAUUCUGAUCGUUCCAAAAAUCUGCAUUUUGCUGACUAUUUAAAUGCUAACAUCAUGAGUAACCUAUUUAUUGACACCUGAAAGCUAUUCAUAUUUUUUAGUUGCAUAGGAUUUAUUCAUUGGUAAGUCACUCCCAAACGUCACUGAAAUCUAUGUAGGGUUUGGUACGUCAUCUUUUAGUCUGCUACCCAAGCUUUUGAGUUGUAAUGUGGAGAAUUUUAUUUUUUACUUACGCCUGUUACUCCCAAUGGAGCAUAGGUCGCCGAUCAGCUUUCUUUAACCUACUCUGUUCUGGACCUUCUUUUCUAAUUCUAUCCACUUUUUGUUCAUUCUUCUCAUGUCUGUCUAUUUCUCGGCCUGUAGCUCCUCCGGGGGCUACUGCCGGUCCCAAGCCCGGGUAAAGAAGGAGGGUUGGGCAUGGGGUUAGCGACCCCAUCCCGUAGAAAAGCUAACUCGCUAAAAACGCUAACCAGAAAAAAUUAAAACCAUUUAAAUGUGAAGAAAUUAGGUGUUUAAGACAUUCAAGUUUCUCCACUAGGUCUCAGGUUCAAACCUUCUCCAUUCACUCCAGUUUGGGCACCCAGAUAGUAUCACUAUUCAUCAUAGAUAAAGUAUAACCAGCCGAGUACAUAAAUCUCAAUAAAUUAAACAAAUCCCACUUAUAAGGUCCAUAAAUCUACAAUUGAUUGAUCACUGAGUUGUAACCAAUGCCAUGUACGUCAAGUUUUUAGUACUGAUCGAAUUAUAUUAGUCAAGUUCAUAAAUUUUAUAGAUAGGAUGAUGAAUAUCAUUAGUAGGCUUUUACAUAUGCUCUUCAAAUAUUGUUCGACUCUUAUCCAUUUUCUUAUACAGUGAGCACUGCACCCAAAGAAAAACAAGAUAACACGAAGAUGACAAAAAGUCGCAAGCGCCGUCUAAAAAAGCAACAAAGAAAACAACAAGCACUUUUAGAACAGGAACUUGAUGAAUUAGAGGAAUUGGAAUCACAGGAGCAUGAACGUCGUUUGUUGGAUAUGGGACUGAUUCCUGCUGACAGUGAACAAAACCAUGAAGAGCUAGAACAAGUGGAUGAAAAACCUAAAAGAGAUUCAGAAGUAUCCCCAGAACAGUCAUACUCGAAUGAGGCUAAUACUACCCCAACAACAGACUCAUACAAUAUCAGUCAAAGCAAAGAUUGUCAUCCUACAACAAAUAACACUGGAUCACCCAACGCCUCUACAAUGCCACAGUGUAAAAAUGACACAGAAGAGUCAAAAGAUCAUACUAAACAUGAACAGAAUAAGGGUCCAACUGACUUGUCGGAAGAAAGUGAUCAAUUUCUACAAAAAGACAAUGAAAGUGGCAGUGGACUGGCUGUUCGUCGUCGAGUUAAAAAGCUUCCAGAUCAUUCUGGUGCUGCCGAUGACAAGGCUGAUAUUCCACUGGCUUCUGUGACUGAACCACAGAAAACGACAAAUACUGGUGAUCGUAGGUCCGUAAUCAUUCAACCAGAUGGGCUUUUGGCAGCAGCUGCAGCAUCAGUGAUGUCUAGUACUUCUCAUUCUCCACCGGAAUCCUCAGCAAACGAUGGCCGAGCUCAGGUCAAAUCGAAUUUCACGAACUCAAGGUCAAAUGAAACUGAAGGAAAUGAAAAGAAACUUAAUUCUGAGUCUAAAUCAACUCUGACAGCAAACAGUACUGGUGAAGGUAGCUCCAAACGGUUGAGUUUGGUUGCACCAUCUAAUAACAAUUCAGCUUCUGGUCAAAGUGCUUCAAACAAACGUCGGUCACUGCUUUUCGAGACUGUGAUACAUGAACCUGAUGCUAGUAAAGAGCCGUGUGAUAUUGAAGUGAAAAUCGCCGAUUUGGGUAAUGCAUGCUGGACUUAUCGUCAUUUUACUGAGGAUAUUCAGACUAGACAGUAUCGAGCCCUGGAGGUUCUCAUUGGCUCCGAAUAUGGACCACCCGCAGAUAUUUGGAGUACGGCUUGUAUGGCUUUUGAAUUGGCUACGGGUGAUUAUCUUUUCGAACCUCAUUCUGGCGAAGAUUAUACACGAGAUGAAGACCACCUAGCACAUAUCAUUGAAUUAUUAGGCCCCAUACCUAGAAAUAUUGCUCUUUCAGGAAAAUACUCCCGUGAAUAUUUUGAUAAACGAGCUUGUUUACGUCAUAUACAUCGCUUGAAACCUUGGAAUUUAUUUAAUGUCCUCACUGAGAAAUAUGAUUGGCCACCAAGUGAAGCGGCUCUUUUCACCAGUUUUUUGGAACCAAUGCUCGCUUAUGAUCCUAAUAAAAGAGCGUCCGCGUGGGAUUGUUUACAACAUUCCUGGAUAACUGGUCAACCGUAUUCCCCAUCAGUUGAAGAAGGCCUACCAAAUCAUAUCCCAUUUGGAGUGAAUAUGCCAGAUCCAUUGAUGGGUGACGUCUUAUCUAAUCCUGGUACAUAUUACCAUCCACAUAUCAAUCAACCAAAUGUUGUAGACCCCGCAAAUACUGCUGGCUUGUGUUACAGUCAACACCCACACUUAAACAAACAAUAUCCGACAGUCCAUUGCGUUGCUCCACAAUCUAGAAACAGUCGUUCUGUCAACUACAUACCACCUGAACUAUCUUUCAGUGGAAAUGUCAAUCCAUCUGAAUAUCACUUAUCCUAUGGUUCCGAAAUGGUUGUGGGUGGGGAGAAUAUGCCGAAUCGUAGUAUGUGUUUACCGGAUUCUCACUUUCAACCAUGGUCUUCAAAACUUAUGGGCUCAAAACGACUAGAUGUUGUUGGCAAUGUGGAUGGUCCAAUAAAAUUGGAUCCUGUUCAUGUUGGGAAUUUCAUACACAGUCUACCAGAUCUCAGUCCUGCUCCUAGUGAUGACGAUUAUGACGAAGAAGAUGACGAGGACGACGACGAGGAUGAUGAUGAUGAGACUAAGGAAGGUGAAGAAGAUGAAGAUGAAAGUGGAGAUGAUGAGGAUCCUCGAAUGCAUUCAUUACACCACCAUCAUCGUCAACAUCAUCAUCGUUCUCACUAUUAUGGACAUCCAUCUAAUACAUCAUCUGUUUAUCAGUUUUUGGAUCCACCCCAUAUAAUGCCGAUAGAAACUUCUGAUCAUUCACAUUACACUGACCCUUUAGCUAUGGCAGUAGCUGCUGGACUACCACCUAGUAAGGCUGCUAUACUAGCUUAUGCAGCACAAGCUCUUGGACCAGAUACUGUUUGGGCUGGUUUAGCUGCAGCAAAAAAACGUCAACAACAGCAACAAGCGCAACCAACGAGUAAUACAGAAGAGACAACUUCCAAUUCACUCACAAAUAACGAUCAUGUCAUAUUAACUACCUCAACUGGAAAAGCUGAUGAUGUUGGUACACCAUGCAACACUGAUUCAUUGCAACAACAAAAGAAGGAAAUAGAUAAUGAAUCACAUAACAGUGGACUUGAUGUAGAAGAUGUAUCUAAUUAUUUCUCAACUUCACUUGAAGUACGUUCUGCUACAAGUUCUACAACCGAGGAUAUAUCUAAUACUCCCGAUUAUGUGAAUAAUAUAUCAGAUAUAAGGAAUUUUGAUUCUGAAUUGCAGCAUACAGUGAGUGAAACUAUCACCCAUCAAUAUACUGAACCGACAGAAACGCUUACAGAAGCUUAGUUUUCAAAUUCCAAUUUAUCUGAUCUCUAUCUCCUGUUUUGUGGGAACCACCUAUAGGCUUUCAUUUUAUUACUCUUAUCUUAAUUCACAUUCACUACUAUCUCAUAAAACAAAAUGCCGUCUGUAAUUCGAAUGUUCUUAUUAGAAGAAAAAAAGAUUUUCAAAUUAGUUCAUCUUAUUUAAUGAUGUCUAUUAUUAUUAUUAUCAACAUCAUAUUAAUAUCAAUAAAUUAAAAGUUUGAUGAACACAUUCACCGAUUAGUAAUGGUGGUUUUUCUGUCAAUUAUGUCUUCUUUUUUGUUUUCAGUUUACAUUCAUCAUUUCUCUCGACACAUGUGGUUGGUUUUUAUACAUCAUAUGAAACAAACAGCCUCGUAAACUUUCUCACAUAUAUAUGCAUAUAAAGACGUUGUUUCAAUUUAUUCUUUGCUUUUAUCCAAUCCAACAUAUCUACCCUCUCAAUUUAUUUGAAACAUAUUGUUCCAAGAUCAGAUGUAAAACCGGG